AGUUCUUUCUGGGAGAUGGGGGUCACUCACUAAAUAUGAGUGGAAAUUGCUUUGCCCAAUUAAUCCAGAGUGGGCCUCGGUGUGUCAUUAUACAGCCAGGCGUUCUACUACAGCUGACAGCUCGGUAUUUUCACAAUUUGAAGAAAUGUCAAAGGAAAUUACCCCUCCCUUGAAUUCUGCAAUUAAAACUCAAGUAGUGAAUGAGACCUCUUCACCUUUUGGUUGCUGCGGGUAGACGUUUGUAGCGAACUUAAGCUCCUUUUAAUUGCUGUUAUUAAAUAAAUCAGUCCUCCCUUUUUUCCUGCAGACUUCGCGCUGGUUUUCUGAUUGACGCGUGAAACGGGUGUGUUGGUUGGUUUAACCUGCAGCUCCUUCUCUUUUUUUUAUUCCACUUUUAUUGCCGGAUUACAAAUUUAGACUCUGAACAACAUAAAUGCACAGGCGAUAAGUGUCGGCUCAAGUGUUGUCUGUUUUUCUGAGCGUCAUGUGUGAGGACUGCAAGGGAGAAGAGCUGCCGGGGAAGUGCGCCGAGGACAGGAGGGACAUCAUGGGCGCGCCGGUGGAGGUUUUGGAUGAGGACACUUCUUCCCCGCAGGCGAUGAACUCUGCGCCACUGCUGGGCAGGAGCGUGUGCGCCAACUGCAACGAGGAAAUAGUGGAUAAAUAUUUAUUAAAGGUUAACGACUUGUGCUGGCAUGUGCGCUGUCUCUCCUGCAGCGUGUGCCAGACCUCGCUUGGUAGCCACGCGAGCUGCUAUAUCAAGGAAAAGGAAGUUUUCUGCAAACUGGAUUACUUCAGACGAUAUGGCACCUGGUGCGCCUGCUGCGGCAGGAACAUCCACUCCACAGACUGGGUCCGCAGGGCCAAGGGCAACGUCUACCACCUGGCCUGCUUCGCCUGCUUCUCCUGCAAGAGGCAGCUCUCCACAGGGGAGGAGUUCGCGCUGGUGGAGGGCAAAGUGCUCUGCAGGGUCCAUUACGACUGCAUGCUGGACAAUCUCAAGCGGGCCGUGGAGAAAGAUUAUUCUGCUGCAGGAAACAGUGUUAAUAUGGAGGGAGCCGUCCCCACAGAACAAGAAGUCAAUCAACCUAAACCCUCUAAGAGAGCUCGGACCAGCUUCACGGCCGAUCAGCUGCAGGUGAUGCAGGCUCAGUUUGCUCAGGACAACAACCCUGAUGCUCAGACUCUGCAGAAGCUGGCCGAGCAGACUGGCCUCAGUCGAAGAGUCAUACAGGUCUGGUUCCAGAACUGUCGAGCUCGCCACAAAAAACAUGUGAGCCCCAACCACACCUCCAGCACACCCAUGACCUCCCUGCAGCCUGGCCGUCUGUCCCAGCCCACUCCGACCCCUGAGGAGCUGCAGUACACAGCCUAUGGAGGCCCAGAAGGGUCAAUGCUCUCAGCACUACAUUCUUUUAUUGACAUCCACACUCCUCCCUCCAUGUUUCAGCCGCUGCUGCCUGCUCACACCAUGACCUCCUUGCCUGUGUCUCACGCCUGAGCUGCUCACCUCGCCAGCGUUUCUCCUCCAUAACCAGCUGCAGUAUUCCGGUGCCCAUGGUAAAUCUUCAUCACAUCAUAACACCAUUUUAUUUGUUAAACUCCACAAUCUUUACAUGUUUAUACUUUAAAAGAGAAAAAACAACCGAAGACCAUAACUUACAGUCCUCUGUGUACUGUAUAAUGUGGAAAUGCAAACGUUUCGGUGUACCUCAGCGCUGUGACACAUGGCAGUAUAUUUGUUUAUGUGGUUGGUGACAAUGUUUGACUGUGCUAUUCCAUGUGAAAGCCAAUAGGCUCUAAACUUCAUAUGAAGGUGACCCAGAAUUUGUUUUACAUAAAUGUUGCAAUUUAAUUUAUUGUAUGUGAAGUCUGUUUUAAGAAUAAAGAACUAAUUUCACAAA